AUUGAGCCAGAGUUUCCGGCAGGAAGCAGUUCAAGGGUGCUGCCUAGGGCUCACUGCACAGGAUGCUAGUGGUGUCUGAAACCAGGGAUAGAAUAUGGGGGCAGGGCUGGUCAGGAGAACUAGAAUGUAGCUUUCUGUCCCCACUGCCUCCCUAAGGGUUGAGGACUCCCAUGACCCUACUGCUUUGGGGAUUACAGUCUGGUCUGAGUAGUGGGAACCCCUGGCCUUGGACCUGGGACUAGGAGGCUCCAGAAGCCCAAGCUUCAUUUCCUGCCUCCUACCCUCUAUGCUGUUGGGAGGCCCAGAGGCUGGGGCCGGAAGUGGUUGUGAAGAUGGAAAAUGUGGUCUGGUCUCAUGAUGGUGCGUCGCUGCCAUGUCUAUCUGCAGCCAGUGCACUCUGCACCCCCGCUCCCCCACCCCCUCCUGCCUGGAGGAGGCUGAAAAAAGCUGAGUUUGCAGUCUGUGGAGGUGGAGCCAAGAAGAGCUUCCCUUACCUCAAGAGUCAGGCUGGGGAGAAGAGGGGUAUGUAAGAUCAAUCUUGCAUCAGCCUUAGUGUCCCCUCAGUGAUCAAGCAUAGCCACCUCCUCUAAGACCUGAGGGUUUGGGAUUACUAUCCCAUUUCAUGGAUGAGAAACCUGAAAUUCAAAGUGAUGUUUGCUUUGUGGUCGGUCAAGAACGGCAGGAGGUGUUUGCCCACCGGUGCUUGUUGGCCUGUAGAUGCAACUUCUUCCAACGACUUCUGGGUCCGAAGCUGGGCUCUGGCAUGCCUAGCCCCGUGGUGCUAAGCACUGUGCCAGCUGAGGCCUUCCUGGCAGUGCUGGAGUUCCUGUACACCAACAGCGUCAGGCUGCACCGCCACUCUGUGCUGGAGGUGCUGACCGCGGCUAUAGAAUAUGGGCUGGAGGAACUGCGAGAGCUGUGCCUGGAGUUUGUGGUGAAGGUGCUGGAUGUGGAACUGGUUUGUGAGGCCUUGCAGGUUGCUGUAACCUUUGGCCUGGGACUGCUGCAGGAGCGUUGCAUAGCCUUCAUAGAGGCCCACAGCCAGGAGGCGCUCCGGACCCGCGGGUUCCUGGAGCUGUCGGCGCCAGCGUUGCUGUCCCUGUUGCGCAGCGACAAGCUCCGCGUGGACGAGGCUGAGCUCGUUCUGGCGGCCAGGAGCUGGGCACGCGUGGGUGCGGCUGUGCUGGAGCGGCCGGUGGCCGAGGUGGCGGCCCCGGUGGUGCGGGAGCUGAGACUGGCUUUGCUGGCCCCGGCGGAGCUGAGUGCCCUGGAAGAGCAGAACCAGCGGGAGCCGCUCAUCCCGGUGGAGCAGAUCGUAGAGGCGUGGAAAUGCCACGCUCUGCGAAGAGGGGAUGCGGCCCGGGGCGCCCCGUGCCGCCGCCGGAGGGGAACCCUGCCCCGGGAGCAUCACUGCUUUCUGGACCUGCCCUUUAAGUGACCAAAGGCCGCGGUUUGCAAGGAAUUCUGGGCCUGUCCCAAGCUACAACUCCCGACGUGCCUAGUGCUCGGAGCCGACUUCCGCCCCCAGCAUGCCCUGCGAGCCGGGCGCUGGAAGGGCGACUGUCGCCCGGCUCUGCGCCCUGUGGGUGGGGCUCUGGGGGUGGGGAGUGGGUGUGGGCUUGGGCGGGGCCCAAAAGCGAUUUCCCUUACACUUUACCCUAACUCUACCCUGGCCCUCUGGCCGCGCAGGCCUGCCGCGUUUACUUUUAUAAUCCCCACGUUUUUCGGCUCAACUCCCUCUUUAAUUCCAGAGCUACCUCCUAGACAGCGCUCUCUAAAUGCCCCACAGACACCUCAGACUCAAUCCAAAAUUGGGCUGCCUCAUCUUUCCCCAGUUCUGCCCCCAUCGUGUUUCUCAUCUCUGUGAGUGUCUAAGCCAGAAACCUGCAUCUCAGCUUUGCCUUGUUCUUCAUCCUCACAUCUGCCUCCCGUGACUUCUGCCUUCUAAGACACUGAAGGGUAGUAAAAUGUGCCAAUCCAAAAUACGCCUCUUUGAGUUAAGGAUUAUUUUAAGCUGAUUAUUUUGAGAAAAAGUGGAAGCUCUGGAAACAGAAUAGAAUUUACCCUUUUGUAAGGGAAAUUUGUAAUUAAAAAGGGAAUCUCCAUUAGUAAGUGCGUCUCCUCUGUACCAGGAAAAGGAUGAUCAACUCACAAGAUUUUAGUGGAGAAGGCACCCACUGAAAUCUGCUUAACAAGCCUUACCUUAUGUACUGUGUUUUUCCUGGUAGCAUUCUCCUAACUGUCCUCCCUACACUUUUCUUUCAUCCUUAACUGAAGAUGGUCUUUCAGCAGGUAUUUUAGACCACCUCAGGGAGUUACUCAUUUUUCCCUGGGUAUCUGCCAUGUACACAAGAGGUAUACAUAUUAAUAAACUUGUUUUUCUUUUGUUAA